AGUAAAUAAGAGCUGCACCAUAGCCUCCACAACAAGUGGAGUGCUGCACGCCGGCGGCAAAAAGAACCCCGUUAAACCGUUAUUUGUCGUCAAAUAUUGCGGAUUAUUUCACCAACAAUGAUAUUAAUGUGAGUUUAGCUUCUUUGGUGUUCCAGCCUCAGAAGAGAUGUUCGCCAAACCGUUUCGUGUCAAAUCCAACACCGCCAUUAAAGGAUCCGACAGGCGAAAGCUGAAAGCUGAUGUUGCUGCAGCUUUUCCAGCGCUGAGCCCAGAGGAUUUAUCGGAGCUGAUGCCCAACAAGGAAGAAUUAAAUGUGGUUAAGAUUUACUCACAUAAGGGAGAUUCUGUGACCGUUUAUGUUCUUCACAAAAACCCACUCUUCUUUGAACUGGACAAAUGUCUUUAUCCUACAGUCUACAUGCUUUGGCGCCACCCUGCUGUCCUGCCGACAUUCAAAACAUGGCCACCGGUGCUACAGAAGUUGACAGGUGGCGCCGAUCUCAUGCUGCCUGGUGUUGUGGUGCCUUCAAGUGGACUUCCAGAGGUCCAACGAGGAGAGUGCUGUUCAGUCACCCUAGUCAACAACAGCGCUCCAGUUGCAGUUGGCACUGCUGCAGUUUCCAGUGGGGAAAUGCGGAGUUUAGGCAUGAAAGGGAAAGGAGUGUUUAUUGUCCACACUUACAUGGAUAAUCUCUGGGCAUUUGGGGACAAAUCAGCGCUUCCGUCUUUACCAACGGAAGACAGUCAAGAGCAGACUGAAAAUGAAUGUGAGGACGAUGAUGAAGAGGAAACGCAAGAAAGGGAGGAAGCACAUGUGGAGGCGGUAGAGGAGCCGAGUUCCACAGUUGAAGAACAGGUUUGUUGUCGUGUUGACAAUAUGAGCUUAACCGAGAAAGCAGAAAAGGAGGAUCAAAAGGAGGAGAGCCUGGACGACCAAACGACACCACAAGAGAAAAUGGAUGCUCUCCUGGUGCAGUGUUUCUUUCAUGCUCUCAAAUGCAAAUUGAAGAAGUCUGAGCUCCCUCUGCUGACCAGCACUUUUCUUCGCAACCACAUGUUCUCCUGCUGUCCAAGUGGCAUUCAACUUGACCUGAAAAAGUCCAGCUAUAAAAAGCUGUCCAAAUUUCUACACGCCAUGCAGCAGCAGCGCCACCUUGUGCAGGUGAAGGAACUGACCAAAGGUGUGGAGAGCAUUGUGGAGGUGGACUGGAAGCACCCCGAGCUGCGUUCCUUUGCUGUUCCUGAUGAGACAGUUGACGCAGCUCCAACGCUGGACUUAGGAGAUGAAGAAGCCUAUCAUCCUCCAGAAAUCACGAGUUUGUACUCAGUGUCAGCACGGCUGGAACCCCUCUUCAAGGAUUCAAACAAGAGGAAGGGGACGAUACUGCAGCCAGCCGAGGUGAGAAGCAUCAUCACGGAGUAUGUGAAGCGGAACCAACUGGUUGAGGAGAACAAUAAAAAUUAUGUGACCAUUAACCCGACUCUAUGUGAUUGCUUACUGGAGAAAUCGGAGUACCAGGAGAUAGAAGCUCUCAAGUGGGACGACCUUUUCAGCAGAACACUGGGGAGAAUGCAGGAGUGCUACCAGGUGGUGUACCCUGGACAAACCCCAGUUGUAAAGAAGGGUCACAUCGAGCCCAUAGACAUCUCAGUGGCAUCUCGAGGCUCCAAUAAGAAGGUGACUUUGAUAAAGAACCUAGAAGCUUACGGAUUGGAUCCAGCGGCUGUGGCCACCGCUUUGCAACACAGAGUCCAGGCCAGCUCAGUCUUGCAGCCCAUUCCUGGAGCUAAAGACAAGGUCCUGGUCCAGAUCCAAGGAAACCAGAUUCAACAAGUCGGAACUUUGUUGCUUGAUCAUUUUCAGAUUCCUCGCAAGUAUGUUCAAGGACUAGACAAAGCGCCGAAAGCUGGAAAAAAGAAAUAGUGAAGACUUUCCCUGAGAUAACCGUUGGCUGCAGAAUAAAAAAAUCUAAUUCUCUCGUCUUGAUCCUUCUUUCUCUUACGCUCUUGAAGAUAACAUUUUUUGUUAACUUUAAAACAACAUGAACUAAGUGAAC